CUUCCGGCUUCCGUCUCAAAAACUGGCACUUCCCACCUCAUCUUCAAAAACCCCUUCCACUCCAUUUCUCUCUCACAAUUCACCAUGAUCGCUGAAUCAAUGCUCCUCAAUCCCACCUCUCACAUUUCAACCUGGGACUCCCUCGACGAUCCCUCCCCCGCAAUCUCUUCCUAUUUCUCCACCGCCCACGUCUCCCCCCUCGAUUCACCUACGGCCGCGCUCAUGGACUUCGAUUCCUCCUUAUGGGAAGAUCCUGACUUGCCAGCGCCUGUGGACGCCUACUCCUGCGACCAGUUCCGGAUGUAUGAGUUCAAAGUCCGCUCCUGCGCACGUGGCAGGUCGCACGAUUGGACCAAAUGUCCGUACGCUCACACCGGCGAGAAGGCUCGCCGUCGAGAUCCGAGGAAGUUUAACUAUUCCGGCGCCGAGUGCCCGGAUUUACGCCAUGGGUGUUGUAAAAAGGGAGACGCCUGCGAGUACGCUCAUGGAACUUUUGAGAUUUGGCUCCACCCAGACCGAUACCGGACUCAACCGUGCCGUGAUGGAACUGGCUGUCGCCGGCGGGUCUGUUUCUUCGCUCACACGUCGGAGCAACUCCGGAUUCCGGGGAAACAAAGUGUCAGGUCUCCACGAGCGAGAGAAAUGGCUAUCCCUGCUGUGUCGUCACCGACAUCGAUCCUCUUAUCGCCGUCUUCGGACUCGCCACCUUUGUCUCCAAUCAGCCCUGUAAUCAGCGGCGGCGAAUCAUUCAGCAGAUUAGUCGCAUUGAUGCACAGUCUCCGCCUAGAUGAAUUAAAAACGAAUCCUGGCGUCUCCAGCUUCAGUCCAAAUCUCCGUCGGAGCUCCGGUGCAGCAUUUGAUCUAUGGGAUAGAGAAAAUGAAGAAGAACCAGCAAUGGAAAGAGUGGAAUCAGGAAGAAAUCUACGAGCCCAAAUGUAUGCCAAAUUAAUGAGAGAGAAUUCAGUGGACCGUGUCCGGCCAAUGAUAUCGGCCGGAUCUCUGAACUAAUUCAAGGAAGAAGAAGAAGCCAUGGAUUCCAAUUUUUACUUUAAUUUUCUGUGAAUCAAAUCCUUUUUCUCCCAUUUCUUUUCUAGUAUUUUUAGUUCUACUAAUUUCUGUAAAUGGGUUUAAUCUUAAUUUGUGGAGGCAAGUGAGUGAGUUACAAUUUCCCCAUUUGUACAGAAACUGAAUGGGAAUUUAAUAAAAUUUCUUUCUUG